GUCUGACUCCUGCAGCGCUUGCACUGACUGGUGAGCAGGAAAGCAAAAUGAGCGCUAAGUCUCCUGAAGAAAUGAAGAGCAUUUUUCAAAAAUAUGCUGCCAAAGAAGGCGAUCCCAACCAGCUAUCCAAGGAGGAGCUGAAACUGCUGAUUCAGUCAGAGUUCCCCAGUCUCCUGAAGGCUUCAAGUACUCUGGACAAUCUCUUUAAAGAGCUGGAUAAGAACGGUGAUGGAGAAGUUAGUUACGAAGAAUUUGAAGCUUUCUUCAAAAAGCUAUCACAAUGAAGAAACCAGGAAGAAGGAGCUCUGACACCACCUACUGAUUGAACCCUACCCAAUCCUGAAAAUGGAGCUGUGAGACCAAGAAACUGUUAA